AUGGCGAGUAUCUCUGACUUGGAGAAGGGCCGUAAGAACAUUACGCAUGAACUGCCUUCAAACCUCGGCCCCCCCAAGAGCCCUUCAAGGAAAUGGCUAAAGAGCGAAGACAGCGACAGAGCCUUUGUGAUCAUCCGUAGGCCUAAGCCGAAUCAAGAGAACUUUCCAGGUAUUCCCUGGGACUCCCUUCCAGAUGAGCUGCUCCUUCGGAUCUUUUCCUACCUGUGCCUCCCUGCGCUAGUCCGUGCCUCCAGAGUCUGUAAAAAAUGGUACCACCUCUCGCAAGACGGGACUCUCUGGCAAACCCUUGACCUUGCAGGUGUAAAACUGCACCCGGAUGUGACUGUCCGUUUGCUUUCUCGAGGGGUGAUUGCCUUCCGCUGCCCACGAUCGGUUAUGGAACAACCACUGAGUGAAAGGCUCAGGUCUUUUCCUGUAAAGCACAUGGACCUGUCGAAUUCAGUUAUAAAUGUGGCAAGCCUCCAUGGAAUUCUGUCUGAGUGCUCCAAGUUACAGAAUCUAAGCCUGGAAGGCCUGCAGCUUUCGGAUCCCAUUGUCAAUGCUCUUGCCCAGAAUGAAAACUUGGUGCGACUAAACCUUUGUGGGUGCUCUGGAUUUUCUGAGUCUGCUGUGGUGAAUCUGCUAAGCAGCUGUUGCAUACUGGAUGAACUGAAUCUCUCCUGGUGCUUUGAGUUUACUAAACAGCAUGUGAAAGCGGCUGUGGCACAUUUAUCAGCCACCAUCACCCAGCUCAACUUCAGUGGCUACCGAAAGAACCUCCAGAAAACAGAUCUUCGUACCUUAAUUAGACGGUGCCCCAACCUUAUCCGCCUUGAUUUAAGUGACAAUGUCAUGAUAAAUCAAGACUGCUUUCCAGAUUUUUUUCAGCUCAACAACCUUCAACACCUCUCGCUUAGCCGGUGCUAUGAUAUAAUGCCCCAGAGUCUACUUGGACUUGGACAAAUCGCCACACUAAAAACACUACAAGUUUAUGGAAUCGUGCCAGAAAAUACCCUGCAGGUAUUGAAAGACUCCCUUCCCCAUCUGCAGAUUAAUUGUGCCUAUUUUACCACCAUUGCAAGGCCAACUAUCGACAACAAGAAGAGCCCAGAGAUUUGGGGUAUCAAAUGCCGACUGACUCUGCAAAAAGCACUGGUCUUUCCCAACAGUGGUUUGAAACUGUCCAGGAUGUUACUGGAUCUAAAUGUCCUUAGGUCCACCUGGGAGCUAUUUUGCCAACAUGUCGCAGUAAUCUGUAUUUUUGUAUGUUGA